AUUGUCGAUGAAAGAAACCCGGGGGCUACCGUUGUCUCCUCGCCACAACAACGACCGUAGAAAGAUGCCUUCAGCUGGCUAUCGCCGCCGAAGCAGUCAUGGUCGCCGGCAAGUGUGGGCAGGUGCCUUCGCACCGGUCUUCAUUAACCGCUUCUACCCAAGCGCCAUGGCCGCCACCCGCGGGUCGCCACCAACCACCACUACGGCAAGCUAGGAUGAACAGUGCAGGCACAACGCCUUCAGCUUUGAUUUGCUCCCCUUUCUUAUCAAGUUAUCACACACUCAUGGGAAUGCGGAUUUGAGCUUAUUUUAUGGAGCUAGUUGACGUGCUCAAUCCAUGGUCUACCCUCCAUCCACGCCAGAGCAUAGCAUACUAUAUAUAAUCUCCCUUUGUUCUAGGAUUAAUUAAGACAGCAACAAGGAGCUUUCUUGACCAACUGACAUCUUCUUCUUCCCACUCCCAGUCUCAUCCUCCCAAAAUACAGGUCUAAACCACACAGCCGGAGGAGAAGCGCAGCGUAGCCGCAGCAUGGCGUCGUCGGAGGCCCAGCCAACCAAUAAGCCGCCGCACGUCGUGCUCAUCCCCUACCCGGCGCAGGGCCACGUGAACCCGUUCCUGAAGCUAGCCAAGGCGCUGCACGCGCGCGGCUUCCACGUCACCUUGGUCCACACGGAGUACAACCACGGGCGCCUCCUCCGCGCGCGGGGCGCGGGGGCCUUCGACGCCGGCGACGAGGGCUUCCGGUUCGAGACCAUCCCGGACGGCCUGCCGCCCUCCGACCUCGACGCCACGCAGGACAUCUGGGCGCUCUGCGAGGCCACGCGCCGGACGGGCCCCGCCGCCGUCAGAGGGCUCGUCGAGCGGUUGAACCGCACGGAUGGGGUCCCGCCUGUCAGCUGCGUCGUCGCCGACGGCGCCAUGGGUUACGUGGUGCACGUCGCCAAGGAGAUGGGCCUGCCGGCGUACCUCUUCUUCACGCCCAGCGGCUGCGGCUUCUUGGCCUACCUCAACUUUGAUCAGCUCGUCAAGAGGGGCUACGUGCCUUUCAAAGAUGAGACGUGCUUCACCAACGGGUACCUGGACACCCCGGUGGACUGGAUCGCCGGCAUGCUGCCGAGCGCCCGCCUCCGCGACCUCCCGACGUUCAUCCGCACCACGGACCCCGAUGACACCAUGCUGACCAUCAACAUCAAGCAGUGCGAGCUCGACUCCCCGGCCGCCGACGGCAUCCUCCUCAACACCUUCGACGACCUGGAGCGCCGUGCCCUCGACGCCAUCCGGGCCCGCCUCCCCAACACCUUCACCGUCGGCCCGCUCGGCCCGGAGGUCUCCCCGCCGUCGUACCUGCCCUCUCUAACCUCGAGCCUGUGGAGGGACGACGACCGGUGCGCGGCGUGGCUGGACGGACACGCCGGCGGCGAGGAGGGCUCCGUGGUGUACGUGAACUUCGGGAGCAUCACGGUGGUGACGGGCGAGCAGAUGGACGAGUUCGCGUGGGGGCUGGCCGCCGCGGGAUGCCCGUUCCUGUGGGUGGUCCGGCCGGACACGGUGCGCGACGCCGGCGGGUGGGCGCUCCCGGAGGGGUUCGCGGAGGCGGUGGCCGGGCGCGGGCUCACGGUGGGGUGGUGCGACCAGGAGGCCGUGCUGGAGCACCGCGCCACGGGCGGGUUCCUCAGCCACUGCGGGUGGAACUCCACGCUGGAGAGCCUCCGCGCCGGGGUGCCGCUGCUGUGCUGGCCCUUCUUCUCGGAGCAGGUGACCAACUGCCGGUACGCGUGCGACGAGUGGGGGGUGGGACUGGAGAUGCCGCGCGAGGCGGGGCGUCGCGAGGUGGAGGCCGCCGUCAGGGAGCUGAUGGACGCCCAGGGAAGGGGCGCCGCGGCCAGGCGGAGGGCCGCCGAGUGGAAGGAGAAGGCCAGGGCGGCCGUCGCGCCGGGCGGGUCGUCGCGCGUCAACCUCGACAGGUUCAUCCAAGAGAUCGCGCGAGCCAAGUGCUAAAUUUAUUCAGGUCCGUCCGUGUGAUAAAUUGAUGUAAAACAAUACAAUAUUCCUCCGUCGUCUAAAAGAAAAUUCAUUAUGGUUUGACUAAGUUUUUACAAAAUGUAUCAAAAUUUAUGGUUAGAAAAUCAUUGUGAUUUUGACUACUUUUAUACAAAAUGGAAUUAUUUGUUAUUAUAUUUAGUAUA